GCUCAAAUCCGAAGAAUCUCAAGAUGAUAUGAAACAGUCUAUAUUUGAUGAUAUUUCUCAACAUGAAAUGGUGUCUAGAGUUUUUUGUCGUGAUCAUACUGAUUUACCUGAAAACUUCGUAAAAUUAAAUAUUCGCGACUCACAUUCUCAUCAGCAAUAUGAUGCAUCUCUUAGAGAGUACAAGCUAAAGACACGAUAUACGCUAACAAUUCCAGACCAUAUUCGAGCUGCAAUGAAUGCGCAGGAAGCAUGGUACGAACAAGAUACAACAGAUGAAGAGGAUGAGGAGAGUAUGACGGAUACACUUGACACAAUGAAGAAAUUUGAGGAUCUUAAAAUACAGAAUCAUAUUAUACGCCCUUCGGAUAGGCAUUGCUCACGCUGUCCAGUCACACGCACAAUCAAAUGGUGGCCUGCAAAGUGGCCUUAUUUACCAAGAUCUUCAAGAUUCUCUGUACGAGACGUCAGUGUUGUAAUUUGCCACAGUUGCUUUCAGAAAGAGAAAAGCACUCGUGUA